GUUUGGGGCCAUUUUCCUCCUUGGAGCCAAGAAAAUAAAUGCAAUUAUUGCAUGCUUGCCAGGACCUGGCAAAGGAUGAAAGGAGGAGAAGUGCGGGUGCUUUUUGGGUUCUGGAGCUGCACCCCUGGCAGGAAGCUCGGGCCCCUGCUGCCAGCUCAGCCCUCGAUGGCCCAAGGCCGCGUGGUCAGCUGUGCUCUGGUUUCCUGUCCCCAAGCCUGGUGGCCUCUCGGCUCUUCGGCACCAUGGAGGAUGAGGAUGGUUACACGGUUUUAGAGAAGCGGGGCGCAGCGGGGAGCCCCGGUCCCCUCCAGCAUGCAGAAUGGAGCCUGGAAGACCCUUGGGGGGGUUUUGCCCCACAGCGAGCGAGGGUCCUUGGGGGACCCCUCCGCUGUCCCCGCUGCCUCCUCGGGGCCACGCUGGCUGCCCUGCUGCUGUCCCUCGGGGCAUGUGUGGUUUGGUUGGUGGCGGAGAGGGGACAGCCCGAGGGGACGGCGGCCCGCGGGAACGCCACGCUCUGCUCCGACCGCCUCAACCUGGAGCUGAGGAAGAGCCUGUGCACCCCAACAGGGGGCGAGGGGUGCUGGCUGUGCCCCGCGAGCUGGAGGCUGCGCGGGACCAAGUGCUACUGGUUUGGCAACGGGAUCGACCCUUGGAACCAGAGCCGGGUGGACUGCGUGAAUCGGGGUGCCCAGCUGGUGAUGCUGGGGGACCGGGAGGAACUGGAUUUCCUAAUUGAAUCCAUCCAGAAACCUACCAGCUAUUACUGGAUCGGGCUUCUCCUCUCCCCGGUGCAGGGCUGGACCUGGCUGAACGGCUCCCGCCUGGACCGCAGCUGCUUCCAGCUGAACCCCCCGAGCAGUGGCGGAGCCUGCGGGGUGCUGAAGGGGGGCAGAAUCACCUCCGAAAACUGCAGCGCGGAAUUGAAGUGGAUCUGCCAAAAAAAAGCCACCCACCUCUGAGGCGUUGUGGGGUCGGGGCAUUUCCGCCCCCCCCCCCCCCCCCCCCCAUAUCUUGUAAUAUGCCAACAGCAAGGUGCUGGCUCAUUUGCAUGCUAAUUAGUAUAUAAGGAGGGAGCUGCGGGGUUGGGGGGGGGGUGUUGGAGGUAUUUGGGGUCGGGACAAGGCGUGGGGAAAAACUGCCACGGCUCAAAAGCAUUGAAAUCCUCCACCGCUCAAAAGCACUGAAAUCCUCCAUCCCACCCCAAAAAUAAUGGGCGAGGCCCGCUCAGAGGAGGAAAAAAAGAGUCGCUGCGGUGUGAAAAAAAACAAUUCUUACCAUUCUGAAAUUCUCAAGUGGUUUCAUUGAGUUUGAGGUUUUGGCGGAGCAGGGAUGCAGCCGGUGCUCUGCCUGCAACAGCCACCCCACAGGAAGUGAUGCUGGGGAAAAGGGCGACAAGAAGUGCUUUUAAAAAAUAA